AAUGCUCCAGGGGGAAGCCCGCCCUUUACCAGACAAAGGGCUCAGAGGGAGCAAUCCGCCUCCACUGCCGACUCCACUAUUUUGCCCCUGCGAGCCACCGGACCCCCAGACGCGGAGGGGAAUCAGCCCCAUCACUAUUGGCCUUUCGCCACUAGUGACCUCUACAAUUGGAAAGCUCAGAAUCCUAAGUUUUCCGAGAAACCAGCAGGGCUUAUUGACUUAUUAGACUCUGUUCUUUUUACCCAUCAGCCCACGUGGGACGAUUGCCAGCAGCUUUUGCAGGUCCUGUUCACGACUGAAGAAAGAGAAAGAAUCCUCAAUGGGGCCCGAAAACUAGUUCUGGGCGCAGAUGGGAAUCCCACCACCAACCAGGCUCAGAUAGAUGCCUCCUUCCCCUUAACUCGGCCCCAGUGGGAUUUCAACACGGCAGAAGGUAAGGAGAGGCUCCGGGUCUACCGCCAGACUCUAAUGGGGGGUCUCCAAAUGGCUGCUAGAAAGCCAACCGAUUUGGCCAAGGUAGGAAAUGUACAACAGGGAAAAGAUGAAUCUCCGGCUGCCUUUUUAGAAAGGAUCAUGGAGGCAUUCCGUACCUAUACCCCCAUGGAUCCAGAGGCUCCGGAAAGCAAGGCAGCUGUUAUCAUGGCCUUUGUAAACCAAUCGGCCGUAGACAUUAGGAGAAAAUUACAGAAAAUAGAUAGACUAGGAGAAAAAAGUCUGCAGGACUUACUGGUGGUAGCCGAAAAGGUAUAUAAUAACCGGGAGCCUCCUGAGGACAAGCAGGCUCGCUCCAUGGCGGCUGACAGCAGUAAGCAGACUCGAGACCUGGCCAGAAUACUGCUAGCUACCACUGCUGACUUCCCCGAGGAACGAGACCGCCGUCUCCGGCAGCUGGCAGACGACGCAAGAAAAGGUAAAGGAACCACCAAGGGGGGGAAGCAGAGGCUGCAGAAGGAUCAGUGCGCAUACUGCAAGGAGAUAGGGCAUUGGGCCCGAGAUUGUCCGAAAAGGGCCGGCUGGAAGGGAAGCAAGACUGAUCGAGUAAAAGUCCUAGAGCUAGAUGAACUAAGUGAUUAGGGGAGUCGGGGUUCGGACCCUCUCCCCGAACCCAGGGUAACUCUUAAAGUGGAGGGGACCCCUAUUGACUUCCUUGUCGACACCGGAGCACAACAUUCGGUCCUCCGCACCCCACAAGGAAAACUAGCUAGCAAGAAGUCCUGGGUACAAGGGGCAACUGGUAUGAGCCAGUAUUCAUGGACUACCCGAAGAACAGUAGAUUUGGGAACGGGCCGGGUAUCCCACUCCUUUAUGGUAAUACCAGAAUGCCCCUACCCGCUGUUAGGACGGGACUUACUGACCAAGAUUGGAGCUCAGAUAACUUUCAGACAAGGGGGGCCUCAGGUCACCGAUGGCAAGGGCCACCCCAUCCAGGUCCUGACCAUGAAACUGGAGGAUGAAUACCUCCUCCACCAGGAGGCGCUCCCGAGAGAGGAUAAUAUAGACAGAUGGCUACAAGAAUUCCCCUCGGUUUGGGCAGAGACAGGGGGGAUGGGACUAGCCGCUCAUAGGACCCCAGUCCUGGUAGAGCUCAAGCCAGGAGAGAGUCCGGUAAGGAUCAAACAAUACCCCAUGUCUCAGGAGGCCCGGAAGGGGAUCCAGCCACACAUCCGGAGACUACGAAGCCUAGGGGUACUAGUUCCUUGCCAGUCUGCCUGGAACAUCCCCUUACUGCCGGUCAAAAAGCCUCACACAAAUGACUACCGACCGGUACAAGACCUCCGGGAAGUAAAUAAGAGGGUCGCGGACAUACACCCAACUGUUCCCAACCCAUAUACUCUCUUGAGCUCCUUAGCGCCCUCCAGGGUCUGGUAUACUGUACUAGAUUUAAAGGACGCCUUCUUCAGUCUGCCGUUGGCACCCCAGAGCCAACCCUUGUUCGCCUUCGAGUGGCAUGAUCCAGAGGAGGGCUACAGUGGGCAACUCACCUGGACACGGCUACCUCAGGGAUUCAAAAAUUCACCCACCAUCUUCGAUGAGGCACUACACGAG